ACAAUAGCUCAAACACUAUUUUUAGUUGCGUAUCUUUAAAAUCCCAAUCUACACACCCUUAUCUCUCGCAUCAAAUCGCAUUGUUGUCUUAGCAAGUCGAGAAUCUGUCAGCGCGCGAACACGGUUACGGCGCAAGACAUAAAAUACAUCUAUAUAACGCCAUAGUACCGGCAAAAUCGAUACUACGCCGCGUAAAGCCAGUCCGAGUUGUUUUUCGUCUGAACAUUAGUGCUCGUUUAGUUAUCGCUAGAAUUUUUAGUUUAGUAAACAAGGGAACAUGUUUUAAAAGAAGACUGUAAAAUGGAAGGCAGUGCUAAAAGGUACAUACGUAGCGAAUCAGCGAGUUGUGCACAUAUGGUAGAAGAAAAUGCUGCGAACAAUAGAAAAAGUACAGACCCCCACGAGAAGCUGAAGGCUCUCUUGAACUCUCCCGAGGAGGACACGGACGACACCUUGCCGCCUUCCGACGCUCCUAAAUUCGGCACUGUCAUACACAAUAGGAUCUUUGUGGGGGGAUUUUCUCUGACGACGACUGAUGAGGAUCUUUGGAAGUUUUUCUCCGGCUUCGCGACUGUGACGGCGGCCAGGGUGAUCUACGACCGAGCUGGCGUCUCCAAAUGUUACGGAUUCGUCACAUUCGCAAGCCCGAGGGUCGCCAGACUUAUUGUUAAGCAGAGCGGAGGUGUGAUGUUCUCUCCGUUGGGUCGUUUGCGCGUGGCUCAGGCUGUCAGAAAGCAGAUGAGUCAGGUGCCGGUGGCGAGUGCGGAAGCGGCGCAGGCGGCGCUGCCAGGCCCGCUGUGCUACCAGUUGGUGUGCGCGCCGCCGCUAGCGCCGCUGCCGGCCUGCGCGCCCUGCGACCUGCCGCCGCACCCCUAUGCCAUCUAUCAACUACCCUUUGACACGACGCCAGCUAUAUACGGUCCGCCGGCGCAGUACGCGCUUGUGCCGGCUGCAUUCGGGGCGGCGUGCUGCGAGCCCGCGUGCUGCGCCCCGCUGGACAAGCAACCGCGUCCCCCGCACCCCCAGCUACACCCCGCAUUCAUCUACUGAGCUCCCCCCCACACACAGACCUCCUACAUCCCUCACACUAUUUAUGUCUCUAUAACAGAACGCUUGCCUAAAACUUACAUAUGUUGACGCUGUCUAGGUAUUUUUUGAUGAUUUUUAUCCACACAUAAAAUUUAAUAGAUUCUUUUAAAAUGAUUAAAAUAAAAGACAAUAGUUUUCGUAUAUUUAAAGCUAAUAUUUCUU